CAUGUUUGUAAAGACUGUGGGAAAGGCUUCGUUUACCCCUCAUUCCUUAUUAAACAUAAGAAGUUUCAUAGCAGAAAGAAGCCUAUUAUAUGUAAGGAAUGCGGAAAGGCCUUUACUCGAUCCUCAAGCUUUGCUUUGCAUAUAAAACUUCAUCCUGGAUUGAGACCUUUCACAUGUAAGGAAUGCGGGAAGGCCUUCACUAGAUUUUCAUACCUUACUGCACACAAGAAAAUUCAUAGUACAGAGAAACCUCACAAAUGUAAGGAAUGUGGAAAGGCCUUCACACGGGCCUCACGCCUUACUGUGCAUUUGAAAACUCAUACUGCAGAAAAGCCUUACGUGUGUCAGGAGUGUGGGAAGGCCUUUACUGGAUCCUCAAGCCUUACUAUGCAUAAGAGAAUCCACACUGGAGAGAAACCGUAUGUAUGUAAGGAAUGUGGGAAGGCUUUCAUUCGCACCUCCAGCCUUUCUAGGCACAAGAAAGUUCAUACCAAAGAGAAUCCUUUUGUGUGUAAGGAAUGCGGGGAGGGCUUUCCUGAGCCUUCAAGCCUUUAUAAACACAGAGAGGUUCAUGUUGGAGAGAAACCUUAUGUUUGUAAGGACUGUGGGAAGGCCUUCUCUACAAGUGGGUACUUUAAUUUGCACAGGAAAAUUCACAGCGGAGAGAAACCUCAUCAGUGUCAGAUAUGUGGGAAGCGCUUUACGUUUCGUUCAAAUUUCGGGAAGCAUAUGAAAAUUCAUAACAGAGAGAAGUCUUACAUAUGUAAGGAAUGUGGGAAGGCCUUCCUGUUCCCCUCGCACCUUAAUAGUCAUCUUAAAAUUCAUACCGGAUGAGUUGAUCCCUUCAUAAUCUCUAAGGUCAGAACAAGCCCUCUCAAUAAAACAAAUUUCAUUUGGAUAAGGGACUGGGAAUGCGACAAAAGUGCAGCCAGGAAGGAAAUAAUCCUGGUAGCAUGUGACAAGCUUCCCGUGAAGUCAGUACUAUAAGGGAAAGGUAUUUCCCUGGCUGCUGCUAUGCAGCAGUGUCCCGGCAUUUUGACUCAUGCAUAUGUUAGCUUGUAAAUUAUGAUCUUGAUGGAAAGCCGGUAGGAAGGUGACUAAAUAUAAAGGCAAAGAAAAUCCCCCUCCUUUGCAACUGCCAGGGCUCACCACUGUCUCAUUCUUUGCUCUGACUCUGUCUUGGCUCAGAGGUCAUGGUUUUGGGCGUUAUGGCAUAGAUCAACCAGGAUCUUGUAAUGAAUUCCUUUGAAAUUGGAAAAACAGAGAAACCGCCAUUCUUCAGGCCCUCCUGUGUUAUGUUCUGGGAAGCCACACCCGGCUGUGUGGUUCAGACCUCACUCCUGGCUCUGUGCUCAUGGACGGGUCCAUAUCUGGGGGAAUCAGGGAACCUUUUGGGAUACUGGGGUUGGAAUCCAGGUCAGCUAUAUGCAAACAAGCACCUUAUCUGCUGUAUCAUCUCUGCAUCUCUUGUGUUUUAGUUGUUAUUGGAUUUAUAUCAUUAAAAUUUAUGAAAAGUA